AUCCCUAAACGUGUACAUUUGUAUGGUCUCAGAUUGACAAAUCAACAGUAGUUACAAUGGAUGACAACUCUCUGGAGAGAUUCCUGCCUGCCAUAGGUGAUAGGGUUGCCCUAAGGAAUUACUGUGGCGGCAACAGCAACUAUGAAAAACAAUCUAGAAAACUAAAUCUUCUAGAAAAACUAAGGAAGAAAAUGAAACUUGGACAUGCCUCAAACAUUUCAGAGGACACAAGUGAAGAGACGGGAAGUGGAACCAGAGGAAAGUUACUGAUUGGAAACAAAAAUGCUUGUAAAAACAGAAGACGGAUCGAAAUUGGAUGGCUACACAAUGGAAAGCAAGUUCGAGCCAGAUGUGGUGGCGGGACAAGAAAGGUGACUGUUCAGAAAACUAUGUGUUGUGAUGACCUCAUCAAUCUGGGAAAGGAGCUUUUUUUCCCUAAGGGUCAGUCAAAGAAAGGCCCAGAAGCCAAUUUCUCUUUCAAGAUAUAUGAUUUUCAAGAAUGUGAAAUGUCACAUGAUAUCACAGUUGGAGAACUGUACGAAUCCGCUAAACUGGGAGUACUAAGAUUCUACUUGGCAACAUUUGAGCUUGAAGAAUCUGAUGCUUCUGAAGAUACUCAUAGUUCAGACACCCCAUCCGAACAAAAGGAUGAUUGUUACAUAACGGGGGAGACCUAUUUCUCAUCUGAUGAUGAAAUACACUUUGGCCCAAUGCCAAUGGAGUCUCCUAACUACACUUCUGACGAUACUCUUCCCAUUGGUUCAUCUCAAGAAGAGAUACCAUCCACGUCUCAAGAGGAGAGACCAUCAAUGUCUCAAGAAGAAAUGCCAUCUACAUCAAGAGAGGUAUCACAUUUGAUAACCCAUCAAGAAUCUGCUCCAAAGGUGCUGAGACUGUGUCGUGUCAACAUUGUUCAUGAUAUGGUAGAAAAGUUUAAAGAUGCCAGUGUUGUGGAGGCCAACCUGUAGAUUUUCUUUGUUGAUGAAUGUGGCAUUGAUGCCUCAGGUGUUGCCCGGGAUGCAUACUCUGGUUUUUGGGAAGCUUUUUUUCUAAAUUGUGCAGAUGGAGAAAUUGAUUAUGUCCCAGCACUUCAGCCUGAGUACGGAAAAGAAGAAUGGGAAGCAGUAGGCAGAAUUCUUCUAAAAGGAUACAAAGAUCAUGGAUUCUUUCCAGUGAAGCUGUCGUUGGCCUUUGUAGUCUGUCUUCUUCAUGGGGAAUCCAAAGUGACACCAGACAUGCUGAUUGAAUCUUUUUUGAGGUUUGUCACUCAAUUUGAGAAGGACAUAAUCACAUCUGUGCUAGAAGGACGAGAGUAUGACAGGGAUGACCUACUCGACCUGCUUUCCAGAAUGGGUGGACACACUGUACCUGACAGAGAUGCCAUAAAAGACACCAUCAUACAGACAGCGCACAAACAAUUAAUACAAGAGCCUAUGUAUGCUCUUAAGAUGAUGGCUGGAAGUGCUCAAUCUACUUUGAAAGGUUUCCUUCCUAAAGUGGCUGCAAUUUCAGCCCUUUAUGAAGCAAAAAUUCCAACAGCAAAUGGCAUCAUUGCGCUGCUUAGAGCCGAUGAGAAACAACCUGCUCACAGCAAAACAAUGCAGUUUCUGAAGCUGUUCAUUCGCUCACUUGAUCGAGAAAAGUUACAAAAAUUUCUGCGCUUCACCACUGGUGCUGAUAUUAUAUGUGUUGUACAUAUUGAUGUAGAGUUUACAGAUCUGAAGGGUUUACUGAGGUGUCCAGUGGCGCAUACAUGUGGUCCGUUGUUACAGAUA